GUUUAAAUAGGAGUUUAUUAAUUUGAAAAUAUAAAUGAGAGAAUUCUGUAUUUCCUAGUGAAGAGGAAGAUAUUGGAAAAUCCUUUUAUUGCCAUAUAUUAUCAAGAUAAAUUGUUUAAAUGGAGAAUUUUGAGGAACCACAUUGUAGGCUAUGCCUCAAAGUCAUAAGCGAUGAUCAAUUUGAAGAAAUAGAAGAAGCUACCAGAAAUAUGUUUGGCUUUCUAUUAUUAAAUCUGGAUUUUGACAACUCGAAUAAACACAUAAUAUGUAACGAUUGUUCACUACAGGUAAGAGAAGCAUACGAAUUUAAGUCGAUGUGCCUCUAUACUGACAACACCAUAAUUCCUCAUGUCGAUUAUGAAACAGAAUGUUCUGUUGACUUAAGAGAGAUUUACAUAAAGGAAACAGAAGACAAGCAACUCAUGAAUAAAUUAAAUGUUGAUCAUAAAGUUUGUCGGUUAUGUAUGCAGUUAACAAAUAGUGAAUUUAUGUCGAUACAUAAAUUAGAGGUUGAUAUGAUGGAGAAAUAUAUUCCAGAAAUAAAUUUCAGUGUCGUCAAAGAUCCCAUUAUUUGCAAACGGUGCUUUGUUUCCUUCAGUACCCACAGUGGUUUCAUACAGAAAUGCUUAAAAAUAAAGGAAAACGUUAAGAGUGUUCAUGGUACAAAAGUCACUGCCAGUUUGGGCUGGACUCCAUCCUUAGUUUCUCCCGUUAAAGUUGAGAUCAAAAUAAAAUCCGAAUUAAAUGAACAGGAAGAUGAGUUUAUGGAAAUAGGAUCUACUCCACUGAAAUUUGAAGAUGAAGAGAUGUUGAUUAAAUCUGAGCCUCUGGAUAUAAAAGCAGAAGAAAAUGAUAAAGAGAGUUACAUAUUUCCGGAUAUUUCACCCCAUGAACUAGAAGAGACAGUGGAGAUUUCCGAAGUAGACAAGAGUAUAAACCAAUUUGAACCUGAUCAGAUACCCACGAUAUACAUUUGUGAUAAAUGUAAUUUUCAAAGCAAACACAAGAAGAGUUUCAUAGGUCACCAAAUAGUACACAAGGAUCCCUCCGCCUUGCAUUUGUACAAGUGGGAUUUGUGUCAUUUUGAGUCCAAAUAUAACGAGUCUUUUAAGCAUCACCUGGCGAAACAUGCUAACGGCGCUACAUUUUCAGAAGCACCUAAAUCUUUGGGUGGAAGACCUUUUCAGUGUGAGGUGUGUAAAAAUGGUUAUGUAUCGAAAGCUAGUUUGAAAAUUCAUAUGCGAAUCCAUACUAAUGAGAGACCAUUUGUAUGUGACUUUUGUGGAAAAGCUUUUAGACAAUCUGGUGAUUUAACUAGUCAUAAAAGGCUUCAUGGAACUGGAAAACCUAUCGAAUGCUCAGUAUGUCAAAAAAGAUUUACAACAGUGAUGAAACUUAAAUACCACAUGCGAAAUCACACAGGUGAACGUCCAUAUGUAUGUACAGUUUGUGGAAGAGGUUUUACAGUUAAUACAAUUUUGCUCAGACAUAUGCGAGUGCAUUCAGGAGAAAGGCCUUAUGUUUGUGUAACGUGUGGAAAAGCAUUUUCACAGUCUAGCACAUUGAAUACACAUAUGAAAGUUCAUGCACCAUCUCUAAAAUAUAAUUCUCAAGAGCAGCAACGUAUGCCUAAAUUUCACAAUGAUAAUGAUGAAAAGUAUCCAUCUCAGCAGCCACAACAGACAGCAGACCAUUCGAAUCCUCUUAUGCAAAACGAUAAUCGAAUGCUUCAAACCGAACCUAUUCAAAGAAUGAUCCAGUCUGACAAUUCUCGAAUGCUAUCUAGUGAUGGGUCCCCAAUAUUAACAGAUUCGUCACAGCAUUUACUUUCCGAGAAUAGAGGUUGUUACAAAUGAAAAUGCGCGACAUUUAGCAGUUAUCGAAAGUUCUAGAUUGUUAGCGGAUAAAUAUUUAGCAAACUAUGAUCCCUACCAUCGAGGCCAUUUGUAAACUUUUCAAAUGUAUAAAUUUCAUUAAAUAGACUAAACGAUUUAAAAAUGUUUGUUUUUACAAUAAUAUCA